AUGCAAUAUUUUACAAUUUGCAGAAAUGAUAAGAAUAAAGAAGUUGAACCUGUUAGUUACAAAAUUGGUAGAAGUUUGAAGAAAUUUACUCUAGAUAAAUCUUUUACUCGAGCUCCUGCAAAAGAUUUUUUUGGCUUUGAUGAUGAUGAAGAUGACGAUUACAGAGCAUACACUGCAACUAUAGAAAUUCCUGGAGCAAAGAAAACACCGUUUGAUCCUCAAAAAUUUUUCUCCGAUUAUGUUAUUCCGACAGCUGUCUUUGAAUAUGUUGAUCAGAGAACAAAAGUUACAGAAGGUUUAAAAAUGUCUGCUUCUGAUAAAACUUCAACUACUGUUUCCAUAAUUUCUUCUACUACUCCUAGUACAACAACUACCGAAAAGAUUACUAAUUAUGACAAAAGUAGUACUCAAUCCAUCAGAAUAUCUGAAAAACUAGAAACUGAAACUAGUACUCUAAAAGCAUUUAGUAAAAAACCAACAACUCAAACAAUGAAAUCAUCAUUUUUCUCGGAUUAUGUUAUUCCAACAGCUGUCUUUGAAUAUGUUGAUCAGAGCACAAAAGUUACAGAAGAUUUAAAAUUGCCUGCUUCUGAAAAAACUUCAACUACUGUUUCCAUAACUUCUUCUACCACUCCUAGUACAACACCUACCGAAAAGGCUACUGAUUAUGACAAAAGUAGUACUCAAUCCAUCAGAGUAUCGGAAAAACUAGAAACUGAAUCUAAUACUCUGAAAGCAUUUAGUAAAAAACCAACGACUCAAACAAUAAAAUCAUCAACUUCUGAAAUAACAACUCAAAACAUCAAAGAGCCUAACGAAAUUGAUACAACUAUAAAUUCUGGAGAAAAAGAAACAUCAAUUUUACUUGAGAUAGAAAUAGGUUUAGUGACAAAAUCAAGUGUUCCUAAUGUUAAGGCUAGCACGGCAAAAACUUCUAUUUCUAGUGAAGUACCCAAAAAAAUGGAAACUUCCUCACAAACACCUAUAAUGACAUUAAGUACUUCUGAAACAUCUACAUCUACGCCAUCAUCUUCGCAAAUAAUAGAUGAGACAACAUCUACAAACUUCACGGCUUUUGAUUCCACCAAAACAUUAGCAUCAACAGUGUCAACAUUAGCAACUAAUGCUGUAGAAAAUACAACAUUAGAAAUAAUGGGGUCAUCGACAAAUCAAACAUCUUUUGAAACUACUACUGAAAUGCUACACGAAAAUAUAACAGCGAUAUCUAAUAUGACGAGUGUAACGAGCGAGUUAAUCCAUAGCACAGAAAAUACAACCAUUGGUUUUAAUUUAACAACUGCUGAAUUAUCAACAAACAUCACUGAAACAUUUCAAGAAAAUACAACUAUGUCAAUAGAUUCGACUACAUAUUAUGCAAAUUCCACAAUAUCGGAUACUGAAUUAAUUACUAUGACAACUGAAGGGCUUACGGAAAGGAUAGCAAAUUUGACUACAGAAUUGACUCCAACUAUUACAAAGCUAUCGUCUAUUACAGAAUUAAAUUUGACUACAGAGUUAUCUUCAAUUACAGAAUUGACUCCGACUACCACAAAGCUAUCUUCUAUUACAGAAUUAAAUUCGACUACAGAGUUAUCUUCAACUACUGAAUUAAAUUCGACUACAGAGUUAUCUUCAAUUACAGAAUUGACUCCGACUACUACAAAGCUAUCUUCUAUUACAGAAUUAAAUUCGACUACAGAGUUAUCUUCAACUACUGAAUUAAUUUCGACUACAGAUGCAAUACUUGGAAAAAUUGAUGAAAUGGUGAACAUGACUGUCACUACUGAAGAUGAUAGUGGAUGUAAUAAAACAAUGCAGGAGUUAGAAAAAGAAGGAGAGGAAUUAUUGAAAACUUUGAAUAAGAUCCAAGACAAAGAAGGAGAAUUAGAAGAAAAGGAAAAAGAGGUGAAACAAUUGUUAAAAGAAUGGCAAGAGCAUAAAAUAAGAUGUAUGGAAAAAUAUGAAAAGACGAAUAGUUCUUUCACAAGUUUGAAGUCAAGUCCUAUGGACAACUUAACUGAGAUUAUAACUUCAACUGAAUCUACGCUCCAAGAAAUGGAAACAAAAUUUAUAACUUCAACAGAGUCGACAAAGUUAGUAACGUCAAGUCAAAUGAAAGAAUAUGACAAUACUACUUCUACAGAAGAAAAAAUCACAACAUCACUUUCGACAUCUGAAAUGAGUAUGUCCACAGAAAAAUUCAUGCCAAACUCAACAGAAGUUUUAUCGAGUACAUCUGAACUUUCAUCAACUUUGAUGCAGGAAAUACAAAAUAUCACUCAAUUUAAGGAGUUAUCAGUUUCAUCUACUGUAAAUUAUACAGCUGCAAUUUUUUCUACAUCAGAAAAAACCUUAUCUACGGUAAUGGAAUUUACAAUUUCUCAAACGGAGUUAAAUGAAUCAACAACUGUUUCACCUUUAGUUUCUUUUACUGAAAAUGGUACAUCAUCAACAUGGUUAUUUUCUUCAGAACCAAAAGAAGAAGAUUUAUCGAGUACUAUAGAAAUUACAUAUCCUACAUUAUUAUCGAUAACUUCUGAAAAGCCAAUUAAUGUUACAGAAACGACAUCUUCAAUAUCACUUAUACAAACAAGUACUGAAGUAGAACAAUUAAAUUUAACAAUUCAAGAAACAACUUUAGAAGAAAUAUCUCUAUUGAACGCAACAACUGAAGAGUACAAAAUUAAUGAGACUACCAAUUUGUACCAAUCUUCAACUAUCACGCCUGAAAUAAUAAAUAUUACGACAAUGACAACACCAUCACUUUCUUCAGAAUUUGUGAAAAAUGUAUCAAUCUUUCCUACUUCAAAUUCGAAUGCAACAUCAGAAAUGCCAAUAACAUCAUCGUCAUUAUCAUCAUUAAUUACUGAAGAAAUAGAAAAUGUAACACAAACAUUUACUUCAUCAGUUUAUUCUACUGAAGAGAAAAUUACAAAUGUGACAGAAUUAUCCACUUCAUCGGUUUACUCUGCUUCAGAAAAAAUUGAAAACAUGACUGAAACCUCUUCUUCGUUAUAUUCUUCGACUGAAGAACUAGUUUUAAAUGUAACAGAGACGUCUAUUUUACCAAUUUAUUCAACUGAAGAAAAAAUGGAAAAUGUGACAGAAAUCUCUUCUCCAUCAGUUUAUUCUACUGAAGAUAAAAUUACAAAUGUAACAGAAUUAUUAACUUCAUCCGUUUAUUCUACUGAAGAAAGAAUUACAAAUAUCACGGAAAUAUCAACUGCAUCCGUUUACUCCACUACAGAAAAAAUAGAAAAUAUAACAGAAAUAUCUUCGCCACCAGUUUCUUUGACUGAAGGGCAGGUUUUUAAUGUAACGGAAAGUUCUUCUUCAUCUGGAUAUAUUACUGAAAAUCGAACACUAAAAACAAUAUCAACCGUAGAAACUACCGAAGAAAAAAUUAUGAAUGUAACAGAACUUUUAUCGUCAUCAAGAACAGAAACUGAAACUACAGAAACUCUUUUAACGACACUUUCAACAGAAGUUAUACAAAAUAAAACUGAGACAUCAUUGAUGAGUUCUUUAACAGUUCAAAAUAUUACAUCGUCUUUACCAUCAAAUUUAACAUCUACUGAAACAAUAUCUUCUGAAAAAUUUUAUUCUUCUACUGUAUCAUCUUUAAUGCCAGAAACAAUAUCACCUUUAACUAAUGUCACUGAAUUCGUGGGAAUAACAGCAGUAACUGAAAGUAAUUUUACAAGUACUCGUAAAGAUCUAGUAUCUUCUCCUGCAACUUCUGAAAGUUCAACAAUACUAUCGUCAUCUUUUGAUACUGAAGAAAUAAAAGACAAUUUAACAACAAUAAUGGAAAUUACUAGUUCUUCACUAUCAGAAGGAACUACGAAAAAAGAAAUACAAGAAAUUACUCAAGCUUUUUCAUCAUCAUCUCAUUAUUUUAGUGAAGUAGAAAGUAUGACAGAUAUGCCAAAAAUAUCACCUUUUACUAAAGGCGAAAGAAUAGUGUUUACAUGUCCUGAACAUAGAACUGAAGCUUCGAUUGGUACUUCAAAAUUAACAACAUUAAAAGAAAAAGAAAUAACAUCAACAAUAUAUUCAACUUCAGCAUCUACUAAAAGCGGUACAACUUAUUAUACCUCUGAAGUUCCGUCAUCUCCAGAAGUAUCGACAACUAAUAAAACAACUGAGUUUCUUUCUACAUCGGCAGAAAGCAUUCAGGAUGUACUCCCAAAUGCUACAGAAACAUCAUCAAUUUCAGUAUCCAUGAGUUUCGAACCACUAAUAAAUAUAACAUCGCAAUCGACUGUAUUGACUACAGAAAUGGGUGUUGAAAAUAUGACAGAAUCAUCUAUAUCGCCAUCGAUAACUGAAGAGUUUACUUUCUCACAGAAACAAAAUAUUACAUCUUCGAUUUUAUUAACGUCAACUGUGAUUUAUUCAACAGAAAAAACGAAUACUACAGAGAGUGUACAAGGAUCAUCUUUUACAUCAGAAGAAAUAUCGUCCAUCAUUAAAGAAAAUGUAACGGAAUUUAUCUCAACAUCAUUUACUGUGAAAGAAGGGAGUACUGAUACUGAAGAAACAUCGUCAUCCAACUUUACUACAGAAACACUAAAGGAAGAAAAUACAACAGAGCCAUUUACAUCAGAAUUACCAUUAAAAAGUGACAUUACUUCUGGACCUUUAUUUAAUAUAUCCUCGACUUCUAUGGAAGAUUUGAAAAAUUUAUCUGAUACAUCAUCUUUUUCAUUCACAAAACUAAAUCAAUCCACAACUCCAAUAGAGAUGUCUUCAAGUCCAUUUACUUUUUCAUCGACAACGGCAAUUUUAAAUAUUUCAAGUACUUCAACAUCAUUUUUAAAUACUACAGAAGAAUUAACAUCGCCAGAAUUAACUAGUAGUAGUGCUAAUGAAUCACUUACAAUGUUAUCAACUUCGGAAAUAGAGCAUUCUACUACAGAAUUAUUGGAAACUGUCGAUAAUACAACUAAAUCUAGUCCAAUUGUUUCUGAGCUUACUUCUAGUUCAAUACUUCAAGAACAAACUUCUGAAUUGCCACCUAACACAACAACUUCUGAAAAUUUUAUAAAUAUGACUAGCUUUGUUAGUUCAACACAAAGUACAAUAUCUACUACUGUAUUAGCUGAAAAAGUUAAUUCAACUGUUGAACAAACUACUAUUUCGGCAAAUUUAAAACCAACAACAAAUGUUACAUCAAUUCCCACAUCAAUAGAAACCCCUUCUUCAACUUUGUCUUUUAUAGAAGAAAUAAAUAAAACGGAAACUGUUGUAGAAUCUUCAAGUUAUUCAUCAUCUGAAAAAGUAGAAACGGUUUCUAUUCCUAUGGAAUCAUUUAAUACAACAAUUUCAAAAAUACUUGAAGAAAAAAAUGAAACGGAACCAUUUACAUAUUCAACAAGUUCAUCGACAUCAAAGAAAGUACAAUCAACUUCUAUUUUAAGCGAAACAAUGACAGUAUCAUCAUCUGUUCCAUCAUCAAUAUUAUCUACAGUAAUGAGCUCAACAGAAAUACCUUCAACAUUUUUAACAUCAUCUGAAUUAUCAACAACUAAAAUUCCCCUAACAACAUCUACAAUAGUUUCUUCAUCUAAAUCGAUAUCAAGUACUACAUUACCUGAAGUAUCAACGUCAUCAAUUUCAUCACUUGCAACUGAAACCACUGUAACUAUGCUUUUUCCUUCUUCCUUAUCUCAAAAAACUGAAAUAGAAAAUACUACAUAUUUAUCAAGCUUAUUGACGUCAGAACAAAUUGAAUCAACUACAUUGCAAAUUAAUGAAACUGAGGAAUCAAAUAUUACAGAGUUAAAAACAACAGAAGCCUUACUAAUGUCAUCGACUCUCGAAGGAAGUAACGAGACAGAAGUUUCUGUUAGUACUAGUAUAACAAUAUCAACACCACAGGUGUCAACAGAAACUAGUCCAAGUUUAUUAAAUAAAACUCAAUCUGAACCAAGUCAAUUAAUAUCUUCAACUAGUCCAACGUUAGUAUCAGAGUUAUCUUCUCCAUCAUAUCCUUCUUCAACUUUAUUAGUAAAUUUAACCGAGCCAAGUGAAAGUACAAUAUCAGUACAAUUUGCAAGCACAAAGAUUCCGGAAACAUUCACAUCCGUUAAUAAGUCAACUGAACCUUCAGUAACUACUUCUGAAAAAAUAGAAAUUUCAUCAGAAGUAACUACAUUCAAUUUUUCAUCUUCUGAAGUGUCUAAAUCUUCUACGCUUAGCACAUUAAUUUCUUCAACGCUAUUGGAAUCGUCCUUAGCACCACAGUCUUCAUCAAAGUCAACAUUACCUUCUGAAACAACAAUUUCACAAGUACCGUCGUUGACACCUCUGCUAACAUCAGAAGUAACACUACCAACUUCAACUUCUACAAAAUUAUUAACAUCAUCAUCACCGUCCGAAUCAACUUCAGAAAAUUUUUCAUCUAUAACUUAUUCACUAUCAGAAUUAUCAACAACUCCUGAGUCAUUAACGGAAUUACAAUCAACAUCACUAACUACAUCAAAAAUUUCAUCAAUAUAUUCAACAUUACCAGAACUAUCAACAUCACCUAUAAAAGCAACAAAGUCAACAUCAUCUGUUACCUCAAUUGGAACUUCUGCAUCAUCAUUAUCUUCAUUGAAAUCUUCUACAAAUUUGUCAACUUCAUCUGAAAUACAAACGUUAUCACAGUCAUCAUCAACAAUAACUGCAUCUUCAAUGUUGACUGAAUCAUUAUCAACAACGCAAUCGCCAAUCCAGAUGUCAAGUAUGUUUACUUCGUCAGAAUCAUCACCGAUUUCGAUAUUAACUAAUACAUCUAUACAUCCAACCUCACUAUCUUCAACAUUCGUUUCGUCAUCAAUAUCAUCUUCGACACCUUUGAGUUCAACAAGAAAACCAUCUAUACUUUCAUCAUCGACUAAAUUAUCACCAAUAACUGAGGAAAUAAUGAAUACAUCUUCAACGAUUUCUACAUCAUCAGAAUCAACAUCUAUCACAUGGUCAGUAUCACCUGCGACUACUGAGGGCUCAACAGUGACAUUUGUUGCAUCUUCAUCAUUGUCUGUAACGCCAUUGACUUCAUCUACCGGAUCACAAAGCUCAACAGAAGAAUUAUUAACACAUUCAUUGUCAACUGAAUUAUCAUCGACUACUCCGAAUCCAGUACAAAAAUCGUCGACUAUUCCUAUAUCAUUAUCAACUUCGAUAUUGAAUGUAACAUCAACUCCAUUUACAUUAUCGGAGUUACUUUCAUCAUCUGUGACAUCUUCAAUAUCGUCAUCAGUUUCAUCGAGCUCGAUAGAAACAUCUCCAUCAACUCCAAUAGAGUCGGAAACAACAGCAGUAUGGACAUCAAUGAAUUUAUCUUCAAUUUCUCAACCAUUAUCAAAAUCAUCCCCUACAUUUCUAAAAACUACGGAAUUUCCUACAACUUCUCAGUCAUCUACUAAGUUAUUAAUAACCACUCCGUUAUCAUUUUUAACAUCUUCAACAUCUUUGGGAACAACAAAAAUUCCAUCAUCAGAAAUGUCUACACCAACUUUAACAUCUUUCAAAAUUUCUUCGAGUUCUUCACCUCUAUCUGAAACACAUUCAACGGCUUCGACGUUGAUAGAGGUACCUACAACUUCUUCAAUAUCGACAAAACAAACAUUAAUAGAGACGUCGCCAACUACUUUUAUAACGUCAGAAUUAUCAUCAAGUCCAUUAUUAACCGAUACAUCAACACUUUUAAUUUCAUCACCUUCAACACCAAUUACAUCAUCGACAGUUCAGACAUCUAUAAAAACAUCUUCAAUAAUUUCGGUAUCAUCAGAGUCAUCAUCAGUUUCGAUAUCAACUAAGUUACCAACAGUAUCAACAACGAUUACGCCAUCAAUAUCGUCUACAACAUUGAGCUCAACAGAAAUAUCUUCACAGUCAACUGAACCAGAAUCAACGUCGUCUGUGAUGUCUUCAUUAUCAUCGAAAGUACUGAGCUCAACAGAAACAUCUUCAAUAUUAACCGAAUUUCCAACGUCAUCUGUUAUGCCAUCAAUAUCAUCUACAUCAUUGAGCUCAACAGAAACAUCUUCAAUAUUAACUGAAUUUCCAAUAUCAUCAUCAUCUGCUACUUCAUCAAUAUUAUCAACAACUCAAAGCUCGACAGAAAUAUCUUCAACACAAUCUGAAUCAUUAUUAUCAACUACUGAAAUUCCAAUGAAAACAUCUACAAUAGUUUCAUCGUCUGAAUCAAUGUCAAAUACUGGAUCAUCUGAAGUAUCAACGUCAUCCAUGGUAUUGAAUCAAUCCUCAACAUCGUUUUUACCGGAAUCAUCUUCAACCUUUUCAAAAUUGAAUACAACUUUGCCGUCAUCGCCAACAUUAUCUAAAAUAUCAUCGACGUUAACCGAAUUAUCAUCAGCUAUAUCACAAACAACUCAGUCUAUCUCUACAUCUACGUCAUCUCCAACUAUUUCAACGUUGCCUGAAUCAUCAUUAUUAAAAUCUUCUACAACUUUAAAAGCAACAGAAAUAACAUCAACUACAUCUCCAACAGAAGCGACAAAAACAUCUGUAACAUCAUCGAAUUCAUCAUCAACGGAAACGUCUCCAAUAUCUGUAUCAUCGUCUUUGAAACCAAUAUUUUCAACAUUAUCUGAAUCUCCUUCACAAUUGACAUCAACACAAUCACUUUCAACGACUACAAUAUCAUCGAAAUCUCCAUCAACUCUUUCUACUAUUUUAGACUCUUCAUCAAUUUCAACUACGCAGUCAUUAAUUCCCUUAAAAUCUUCAGAAUCAAAAUCGAGUUUUAUCACAACAACUAAAUUGUCGUCAUUAUCAUCCACGUUGACAGAAUUAUCGAUGACUCCAUUGUCAUCAGGAAUUACAUCGACAGUUUCGUCUUCACCGGAAGUAUCUUCAACACCUUCAUUAUUAACGGAGCAAUCAUCAAUUCCUUCAACACUGCUGAAUUUAUCUUCAUUACCUUUGACACAAUCCGAAUCAACAAUCUCAAUUGAAUCUAAAUCUCCGUCAUCUCCUAUUUCUCCAACAUUAACUCAAGAAGUAGAGGCAGAAUCUACAUCUACAUCUGUGAAAGACACUCCAUCAACUAAAUUAUCGACUGUAUCAAAGUCCAGUCUAUUAACAGAAAUAGAAUCAUCGACAUUAUUAACAACUUUAAACGAGUCCAGUUCCUCUACGAAAGUAGAAUUAACAACAUCAUCGAUAUCUCCUGGCCCUAGUCAGUCUACAGAAUUAAAAUCAACAACAUUUUUUACAACUUCGAGCUUGAAUCCAUCAACAGAAAUGGAAUUAACAACACCAUCAAUAUUUUUCAGUCCAUCUUCAGAAGUAAAAUCAUCAUCAUCAUUGCCAUCUUCAACUUUAAGUCCAUAUACAGAAAUGGAAUCAUCACAAUUAUUGACAUCUACGUCGUCAUCUAUAAAAGAUAUUCAAUCAACAACAUUAUUAACGUCUAUUCCGACUUCAUUAGGAUCUACUGUUAUUACUUCAGUUUCUCCAACAUCCACGUCAAGUUUAACGACCGAAGCACAAGUCACUAACUUUACCGAUACAAAAUCGCAGUCCUCAACGUUUGUUACUCCUAAACAAUUAUCUAGUACAGAAAAUGUUACAGAAUUUACAACUGUAACUAGGGAACCAUCUACAAGUACUACUUUUUCAUCGAGUGAAUCAUCAUCACUAAAGUUAUCAACUGCAAUAAUUUCUGAUAUGUCAAGUACAACCCUUAUACCUGUUUCAUCUACUAAAUUAAUUUCAUCUACAACACCUCUUUCUUCAAUAUCAUCAAUUGUUUCAUCUUUACCAUCAUCAACAGCGAUAGAUAUAUCGAGUUCUAUGAAAGAAUCUACUGAAACUUCCACGCCAGAACGAAUGUCUUCCGUAUCGUUAUCAUCGGAAACAGAGACAACUGGAUUUACAGACGUAUCAAGUACAAGCAUAGAAGCUUUUACAUCUUCCUUGGCUGGAAUUACGACAUUAAAAAAUACGGAAUCUUCUAGCAAACUUUCAACAACUUCACUCAGUAGUGAAAAAGAAGAAACAAGAAUGCCAUCAACAAUGUCAUCGAUAACAUCGACUGUAUUAAGUACAUCAGAAUCUUCAUCAACAUUGAAAGAACGAAACAACAUAUGA